AGAACCCGUGACGAAGUUCAGGAGGUUCGACAGACUCGAGAUCCCAUUACAGGAUUCCGCGACAGAAUCGUCGGGGCCGGCCUCGUCGAGGUGUCCGAGCUGAAGGCUAUCGAGGCCCAGGUUAGGAAGGAUGUCGACGCCGACGUGAAGAAGGUAAAGGCGGAUGGAGAGAUCGGACAGGAGGAGCUUACCUACGAUAUAUAUGAGGAGAAUCUCGGGGGACAGGUUCGAGGGGUGGCUCCUUGGGAUCAUUGGGAUCAUAAGAAGACACAGAAAGCUAUUAAUCUUUAAUCCAUUAUUUACCUUCUCCGUUCCCUCCUUUGCUUUUUGAAAUCGAAAAGUGAAUUUUUCAAAAUUAUUUUCUCCAAUGCAAACACAUCAUUGUAUGAAUUAAAGUCAUGAAAUACAGAUUUGUUUAUUUA